AUGGGUCCCGUGGCUGUCAUGUCUACUUUAGUUGGCGGUAUUAUCAUAAGCACACAAGAAAAGCACCCCGAGAUAGAGGCCACCGACAUCGCAUCCGCGUUGGCCAUCAUCUGCGGCGCCAUCGUCGUCUUUCUGGGCUUCAUUCGAUUCGGUUUCAUUGUGGACUUCAUUCCGCUGCCAGCUAUCACGGCGUUCAUGACAGGCUCCGCCAUCAACAUCUGCUCUGGACAAGUGAAAACAUUACUAGGAGAGACUGCCAAGUUCUCGACGCGUGGUGCGACCUACCGAGUGAUAAUUGAUACCCUCAAACACUUGCCGACCGCCCAGAUGGACGCAGCUAUGGGCGUGACCGCACUGGCCUUGCUGUAUGCUAUUCGGUUCGCCUGUAAUUUUGCGGCGCGCCGAAAGCCGCAUCGCGCGAAGCUUUUCUUUUUCAUUUCGACCCUUCGCACGGCCUUUAUCAUUUUGUUCUAUACCAUGAUCAGCGCUGCCGUCAAUCUACACCGGCGUGAUGAUCCCGCCUUCAAAAUCCUCGGUGAGGUGCCGCGAGGCUUCACUCAUGCCAGAGUGCCUCGCGUUGAUUCUGAAAUCAUCUCCUCAUUUGCCAAUGAGAUCCCAGGCGCAGUCAUUGUGCUCCUGAUUGAGCAUAUUGCGAUCUCGAAGUCGUUCGGCCGAGUCAAUAAUUACACCAUCAAUCCCUCGCAAGAAUUCAUCGCUAUCGGCAUCACCAAUCUCCUAGGUCCUUUCUUGGGCGCUUAUCCCGCUACAGGUUCGUUCUCGCGGACAGCUAUCAAGGCUAAAUCCGGUGUACGCACACCACUAGCGGGUGUUAUCACGGCAAUCGUCGUUCUUCUGGCUAUCUACGCCCUUCCAGCUGUUUUCUUCUAUAUCCCUAGUGCUUCUCUCGCGGGUGUCAUUAUCCAUGCCGUCGGAGACCUGAUCACUCCCCCCAGCGUUACCUACCAGUUCUGGCGUGUUGCGCCCAUUGACGCUCUCAUCUUUCUGGGAGGUGUCAUUAUCAUCAUCUUCACUGAGAUUGAAAUCGGAAUCUAUUGCACCAUUAGUGUCGCGGCGGCCGUUCUCCUCUUCCGUCUCGCAAAGGCUCGGGGCCAGUUCUUGGGCCGCGUGAGAAUCCACUCCGUCAUUGGCGAUCAUCUUCUUACCAACGACGAAGAUCCUCAUUCCAUCUCGCCCAGAGCUAUAUAUCUGCCCACCACCCACUCGGACGGAUCGAAUCCAGACAUCACAAUUGAACAGCCGGCCCCCGGAAUCUUCAUCUACAGACUGUCUGAAGGUUUCAACUACCCCAACGCGAACCAUUACACAGACGAACUAGUAGACCAUAUCUUCAAGACCACUCGACGAACGACGCAGAACAUCUACGAGAACCCGGGAGACAGGCCCUGGAAUGACCCUGCUCCUCGCCGCAGCAAAGCCAAGGCUAGCAUCGACACCACCUCACACCUACCCACCCUGAAAGCCGUUAUCCUCGACUUUUCCUCGGUCAAUAAUGUCGACGUCACUUCUGUGCAGAACCUCAUCGACGUGCGGAAUCAGCUUGAUCGCUACGCCACCCCGGAUAAGGUUCAGUGGCAUUUCGCUCAUAUCAACAACAAAUGGACGAAACGAGCUCUUGUCGCAGCUGGCUUCGGAUUUCCCCCAUCGGUCUCUAAUACCGGCGGCGUCGAGCAGUCUUGGAAGCCUAUAUUCUCGGUUGCAGACGUCGGCGGAAGUCCCGAGCUGGUCACUAAUCAGCGAAACCCGGAUUUGGAGUCGGGAUCAGACGAUGUCGACAAUACUCUCGACAAUACUCUACCAUCGAAACAAUACCCCCAGGCUACAGAGCGCAGUAUCGAAAGUCAAACCUUCGGUAUCGAGAAGGAACAAUCAUCAGAAGAUGGCUCGACGGUCGCAGAGCGUCGUGAGAAUGCCAACACUCGCAGGCGAAUUCCUGGGACGAUGGCUGUGGUAGAGGGAAUCAAUCGACCAUUUUUCCACAUCGAUAUCACCAGCGCGUUGCAAAGCGCUGUGGCCAAUUCCCAUCUUUCUUCUGGGUCUGAGUUCCAGGAUGCACCCCAAUAA